AUGCAAAGUCCCAACACUAAGCAUUUUGGAGCCUCUAAAAGGGUGUUAAGGUACAUUAGAGGGACGAUUAAUUAUGGAAUCUGGUAUAGAAAUGUGGAGAAUGGAUCUCUUAUUGGCUAUUCAGAUAGUGAUUGGGGUGGAUGUUUGGAUGAUUGCAAAAGCACUUCUGGUUUCUAUUUUUCGUUUGGUUCAGGCAUUUUUUCUUGGAGCACAAAGAAGCAAGAUAUUGUAGCACAAUCUUCAACAGAAGCCGAGUAUGUGGUUGUUGCAUCUGCUACAAAUCAAGCAAUUUGGUUAAGAAAGAUCUUGUUGGAAUUGAAUUUGUUGCCAAAAGAACCAACAGUGAUCUAUGUGGACAAUAAAUCAGCCAUUGCGAUGGCUGAAAAUCCGGGCCAACCUGAAGUUCUUCCUUUUCGUUGUAACACAGGACAAGUACCCAGCUGGAUUUGGAGUAAUAGUUUAAGUUAUCUGAAUCUUUCUUGCAAUUUCCUCGAGGCUCUGGAAGAACCUUACGACACAUCUUCAGAAUUAUGGAGUGUCAUUGACUUGCAUAACAACGGGAUCAAAGGCAAUAUACCCAUUGUACCUACUUCUCUUAUCUACCUUUCAAUUGCCAAUAAUAAACUUACAGGAUCAAUACCCUCCUCCAUAUGCAAUCUUUAUCAGCUUCAAUUUUUUUAUGUGUCAAACAAUUCCAUAAACAGCAAACUACCUCCAUCUCUAUUUCAAAUGUUUGACUAUCUCUCAGUGCUGAAUCUAGGGAGAAACAGACUAAGUGGCACGUUUUUGUCAAACUGCAGUUUGAAAACUUUAGACCUCAGCAAUAAUAACUUAGAAGGAAAAGUUCCAAGAUCCCUGCAAAGAUGUGCAUUACUGGAGGUUUUGGACAUUGGAAACAACAAGAUUAGAGAUACAUUCCCAUGUAUGUUGAAAACAUUACCCAGUUUGCACGUCCUAGUCCUAAGGUCAAACAAGUUUUAUGGAGAUCUCCAGUGUCGUAUAGCUAAUCAAACAUGGCCGAAGCUUCAAAUUGUAGAUAUUGCUUCCAACAAUUUCAGGGGAGCACUGCUACCACAUUACUUCUCGAGCUUGGAAGGCAUGAUGAAGAGCAGAAAUCCAGAGCCACGACUACACUACUUGGAAGUUGAAUUCAUCAACUAUGGCCUCUACUAUCGAAAUAGAGUGACUUUAACUCUCAAAGGUCAGGAGAUGGAGAUUGAGAAUAUUCUUAAAGUUUUUACAUCCAUUGAUUUCUCCUGCAACAACUUUGAAGGAGAGAUACCAGAGGUAUUGGGAGAUCCCAAAUUGCUUUACCUUCUUAACUUGUCGCACAAUGCUUUGACAGGAAGGAUACCAAAGGCCCUCGGAAAGUUGACUCAGCUUGGAUCCUUAGAUCUUUCGGUAACGUUAAGUGGGAGAAUUCCAGACGAGCUCGCGAGUCUCGCAUUCCUUUCUUUCUUGAACCUAUCUUUCAAUCAACUUUCCGGUAGGAUUCCAAGUGGCAACCAACUUCAGACAUUCUCAGCAGAAUCCUUUGAAGGGAGCACAGGGCUGUGUGAUUUUCCGCUGAAGAAACUGUGCAGUGACACCAAAAUGAAUGGAUCGUCACAACCACGAAGCCAUUCUGACGAUGAAACAGUUGAUGGGAAAUAUAUAAGUUUUGCAUUGGGAUCUUCAUUGUGUUUUGGCAUCGUUACCUGGCUGCUUUUGCAUAGCACAAGAUACAAUGAGCUCUUUGACAGACUUCUUUUCAGAAUUUUUGGUGAGCGGGCAGAAAUAGAAACAGAAGGAGGUCAAGAUAUCUGA